CGCAUAUACGCAGAGGCGCUUUUUAACAUAAAAUAGAUAAAUGUCCCGAGACUUUACUAUCUAAUUCACUACAACAUUAAUAAUGAAAGCCCGCAUGUGAUCAUUUUCGUGUUCAUUAAUGAGGGAGUGACGAACGGAUUGCUAAAAAAAAAAAAAAUAUAAUCGUCUUAUAAUAACAAAAAAAAAACCUGAGUGUAUUUUUCAAUGGAUUCAAAAAUACCAAGUGUAGUGAAUGAAAAUAAUUUGGUGACUAGUAAAAUAAUUCAUAUUAAUUGGUCUUUAUCCUGAUAAAUUAAUUAACGUAGUAAUAUUAAAUAAAAUAAAUGUAAAAAUGAUUUUGAUACACGAUUGAAUCUCCAAAGAGUUACUCGGUUGCAGUAAACGCAAGAUUAAAGUCCACAGUGACUACAGUAUAUUAAAAAAAAAAAAUAAUAAUAACUUGAAGUAAUUUAUAAAUAAAUAAAAAAAAUGUUACCUAGGUGUUGAAAUAAAUAUUAAUAUUUUAGAGGAAAUAAUUAAAAAAAUAAUAUAAAAUAUGCAAUCUAUUUAUUGGACUGGACGACUUUUAUCAAGAGCACUUUGGAAUGGUAUUUCCAGUUAUACAACUUGUGCAGACCCAGUUGUCAAAAAACGCGAAGCUUCACUAGUAUCUGCCGUUUGCGGAUUCCCAAAAGAUUUAUCACGUGGAAGAAUUAGAAAAGGACAAUUUGGUGAUGAUGCCUGGUUUACUGCUAAAUUUAAAGCUCUUGAAGUUAUUGGAGUUGCAGACGGUGUUGGUGGUUGGCGUCAUUAUGGCAUCGACCCAGGUGAAUUUUCAAGUUAUUUAAUGAAAGCCUGCGAACGUCUAGUCUCCUUAGGAAAAUUUGUGCCCCAUGAACCAGCAGGUUUAUUAGCAAAAAGUUAUUACGAACUGUUAGAAAAUAAACAGUCUAUUCUAGGAAGUAGUACUGCGUGUGUUAUCGUUUUAAACAAAGAAACUAGUAGCAUAUAUGCAGCUAAUAUUGGAGACAGUGGUUUUGUUAUUGUAAGAAAAGGUAAAGUUGUUCACCGCUCAUCUGAACAACAGCAUUACUUUAAUACGCCGUUUCAACUAUCGUUACCACCUCCUGGACACUCUGACUUAGUUCUGAGUGAUAGUCCAGAGUCCGCAGAUACAUCGACGUUCGGCGUAGAGGAUGGCGAUGUUAUACUCUUAGCAACAGACGGUGUCUUCGAUAAUGUCCCUGACCAAUUACUAGUCACAGAGAUGAGGAAAGUCGAAGGUGAAAGAGAUCCUACUAAAAUACAAGGCGUAGCUAAUACGAUAGCUUGGAUGGCGCGUAGUCUUGCUUUUGAUGGUAAUUUUUUGUCGCCUUUUGCUCAAAGUGCCAGAAAAAAUGGUAUUGAAGCUAUAGGAGGCAAGCCAGAUGACAUCACGGUGCUGCUUGCUACAAUUGCAAUGUAAUUAAUUAGUUAAUAGACAUGUACGAUUCCCCUCCUGACACUUGAUCACUUGUAUUAUAGUUCAUCUUCAUGUCAUACGUAUAUACUUUAUAUAAAUUUAUUAUAGAUUAUUUCACUUAAAAUUGUACUCCACUAGAAUCAUUAAAUUAUUUAAUGAAAUGUGGCGAAAAAAAA